AGUAAUCCUGCUGUAAAUGGGCGAGGACACAGAUACACGGAAAAUUAACCAUGGUUUUCUUCGAGACCACAAUUAUGUGACUGAAGGGCUGGCAUAGUAUGGGCAGUGGCAGCCAUGCAAGCUUCCCCACACUGCCAUGCCAAUAUGUCUCAACCCUCUUCUAACGAAAGCACUUCUGGAGCUGAUGUAAUUUCAACAGUUGAAUUCAACCACACAGGAGAGUUGCUGGCAACAGGGGACAAAGGUGGUCGAGUUGUUAUAUUCCAAAGGGAGCCAGAGAGUAAAAAUGAGUCUUAUAGCCAAGGCGAAUAUAAUGUUUACAGCACUUUCCAGAGCCAUGAACCAGAGUUUGACUAUUUGAAGAGUUUGGAAAUUGAAGAAAAAAUAAACAAGAUAAAGUGGUUGCCACAGCAGAAUGCAGCCCAUUCUCUUCUGUCAACAAAUGAUAAAACUAUUAAAUUGUGGAAGAUUACUGAACGAGAUAAGAAACCUGAGGGGUAUAAUUUAAAAGAUGAAGAAGGAAAGCUUAAAGAUAUUUCUACAGUGACCUCACUUCAGGUGCCUGUGCUGAAGCCCAUGGACUUGAUGGUAGAAGUCAGUCCCAGAAGAAUUUUUUCUAAUGGCCACACCUACCAUGUCAACUCAAUUUCUGUCAAUAGUGACUAUGAGACAUACAUGUCAGCAGAUGAUCUCAGAAUUAACCUUUGGCAUUUAGCAAUUACAGACCGGAGCUUCAACAUUGUAGAUAUAAAACCAGAUAACAUGGAGGAUUUGACAGAAGUUAUUACUUCAUCUGAAUUCCAUCCUCACCAUUGCAAUCUUUUUGUCUACAGCAACAGCAAAGGAUCUUUGAGACUUUGUGACAUGAGGGCAUCAGCUCUCUGUGACAAACAUUUCAAACUUUUUGAAGAACCAGAAGACCCCAGUAGCCGUUCAUUUUUCUCUGAAAUUAUUUCUUCUGUGUCAGAUGUCAAAUUCAGCCACAGUGGACGAUAUAUGUUAGCAAGGGAUUAUCUCACUGUCAAAGUUUGGGAUCUAAACAUGGAGACAAAGCCUAUAGAAAUAUACCAGGUUCAUGACUACCUUAGAAACAAGCUGUGUUCCCUUUAUGAAAAUGACUGCAUCUUUGACAAGUUUGAAUGUGCAUGGAAUGGAACUGACAGUGUCAUUAUGACAGGAGCAUAUAACAACUUCUUUCGAAUGUUUGACCGGAAUUCAAAGCGUGACGUUACUUUAGAGGCCUCCCGAGACAACAGGAAGCCACGAGCAAUUCUCAAACCUCGUAGAGUGUUUAUUGGAGGCAAGAGGAGGAGAGAUGACAUCAGUGUUGAUAGUUUGGAUUUUACCAGGAAGAUCUUGCACACAGCAUGGCACCCAACUGAGAAUAUCAUUGCUAUUGCAGCCACAAACAACCUGUACAUUUUUCAAGAUAAAAUGAAUUCUGAAAUUCACUAGGAUUCCUCUUUAUAAACAAGUCCUUGGAGAGGUGAUAGGUAUGAUCAUUGCUCCAGUUGUGAUAUUAAAUCUUUUAU